AUGUACAGGAACAGGUCUCAGUCGUCGUCUUCUCUCUCCGACGUUGAGGACGAAGAUCUCAACAAAUCCACCUUCUUCGGUGCGACACAAAUCUCGUCACCCGCCCAAUGGCACUCCCGCCUACACCUUCUGUCCUCUUCCCCACGCACCCCAGCACUCUCCCCCGCAUCCCAUCUUCCGCCAGAGAUCCUUAUACACAUCCUCAAACAUCUGUCGCAGCCAUUUGAUCUUCAUGCUCCUCUUCUUGUUUCACGCGCAUGGUGCGAAUGUGCUGUCGAACUUCUCUGGCACAAGCCCAGCAUCUCAGACUAUACUACCCUCAUCAAGAUCAUGCGUGUCCUCGCACGCGACGACCAAACAUUCACCUAUGCCUCAUUUAUUCGUCGCCUCAACUUUAUUUCCAUCGGUUCCGACCUCGCCGACAAUGUCUUUCGUCGCCUGGCACAGUGCACGCGCCUUGAGCGCCUCACUCUUGUCAACUGUGCCGCCCUGACAGAUGACGCGUUAUCAAGCACCAUCCCUUUCUUCACCAACCUCGUCGCCAUCGAUCUAUCUGGAGUUUCAGAGGUCACAGAUAACACAAUCGUUGCUCUGGGAAAGAACUGCCGCAAGCUUCAGGGAAUCAACCUUCUCGGAUGCAAGAAGGUCACAUCCGUCGGCAUCCAAGCUCUCGCCGAGCAUUGUCCUCUUCUUCGCAGGGUCAAGCUUAGCGGCGUCGAACAAUUAACGAAUGAUCCCGUCACUACACUUUCCAAAGAAUGUCCCCUUCUCCUCGAAAUCGACCUUAAUCACUGCAAACACGUCACCGAUGCCGCCGUUCGUGAUCUCUGGGUCUAUUCCACUCACAUGCGGGAGAUGCGCCUUUCCCAGUGCGUGGAGCUCACAGACCUCGCCUUCCCCGCGCCGCCACUCGCUCACGAAAUAGGCACCACUUCAUCCCAUCUCCGCGUUCAUCCUGGCCAGUCGCACUCUGCGCCACCCAACCCUAAUCCAUUCCCAAAUGCUUCCCUCGUACCGGGCACGCGCACGCCGUUGGAGUUGCCUCCUCUUCGUUUGCACAGAUAUUUCGAACAUCUUCGCAUGCUCGAUCUGACCAACUGUGCGAACGUAACCGACGAGGCUGUUCAUGGUAUCGUCUGCUCCGCGCCGAAAAUUCGCAACCUUGUUCUCGCGAAGUGUGUACACAUCACCGAUGCAGCCGUAGAGAGCAUCUGCAAGCUCGGAAAGCAUCUGCAUUACCUACAUCUUGGACACGCCAGCGAGAUCACGGACAGGUCUGUCAAAACGCUUGCCAGGGCGUGUGGUAGGCUACGCUAUAUUGACCUUGCUAAUUGUAACCGCCUCACGGAUUUGUCAGUUUUCGAGCUUGCCUCCCUUCAAAAGCUUCGUCGGAUAGGUCUUGUACGUGUCACCAACCUCACGGAUGAGGCGAUAUACGCUCUUGGCGACCGCCACUCGACCCUCGAACGCGUUCAUCUGUCGUAUUGUGACCAGAUCACGGUCAUGGCCAUCCACUUCCUGCUGCAAAAGCUCCAUAAACUGAAUCACCUCAGUCUGACGGGUAUACCAAGCUUCAGAAAGGCUGAAUUGCAGCAGUUCUGUAGGACGCCACCCGCGGAAUUUAACUCGAGUCAAAGGUCGGCUUUUUGUGUCUAUUCGGGCGACGGCGUCGACAAGCUCCGCCGAUAUCUUCAGCAACUUUUCAACAGCAUCACCGAAGACAUCAACCAGACCGAAGAUUAUGAUGGCGACGAGGACGACGGCUAUGUUGCUGCCUACAAUCACGUCGACCAAGACGACGUAGAAAUGGAAACCGAGUUGGAAGCAGAUGAUGGUGAUCUUGACGGGGAUGUGGAUGGUGCACGUACAGAGGUAGAAGGAGGGUGGACUGAGGGCGGACGCGGCGGGAUACGAGGGCGGAACUAUGAACCUGAUUCCGAUGCGGACAUUGUCCUACCUACCCUCGCGCAUCCGCGUCGACCUAAUGAUACCGGACGACACCAGUACGAGAUCUUACGGCUUUCGAACCCACCAACGAAUCGUGGACAUCCUCGACCGACUCUUGCUAAUGCUCAUGCAUCUUCGUCUUCGUCUAUACCUCGCACUCUCCCGUCUCUUUCAGCACCUCAACCCCAGGCUCACUCGCAGGCCCUCCAGCAUCAUACGUAUACCGCAUACCCUGGCUCAUCGGUACCUGGACCCUCUGAUUAUCCCGUCACUUCUCCGCCGCUAUGGGAUGCAACUCAUACUCAUGGCGUGUCUACCUCGGCGCCCAACGGAUUGCCAUCAGGUUCACUAUCGCCGACACUCCAGGCGCUUGCUCAGGCAGGUGGUGGACAAAGGCGAUUUUUCGGACACGGUGGCAACAGCGCUAGCCAAGGGCAACGUAACGUGUUCACCCCACCCUCGCAGCCGAUCUCCACAUCGCCAGCUGCGAGUGACGGCAGCGCAGCAACUUUCUUCAGAACCUACGGCAGGCAUGGUGGUGCCGCUAGUCCAGGCGCCAAUGGGGGCGGAGAAGCGAGAGCUGGUGCUGGCACACCAGACUUGAUCUUUGCGGAGGCGGGACAUGGGCCAGGAGCUGGCAUGGGGGCGUCAGCCGUGGAUGGUGCAGGAGGCGAGCCAGGCAUCAUUGGGAGCGGAAGGCCCGGCCAUUCGCAUUCUUACUCACAGCCUAAUCCCGGGAGGGGCAACUCGAACUCACAUACGGUUGUCCAUGGCAGAAGUAGAGCGUCUGGUGGCUCAGGCUCGCAGGCCGUGACAGGGCCGUUGACGAGGGCUUUGCAGGAAUCUGUGCAUGCCGCAUUUGCAGGAUCUGCUGCAGGUCCGUCAUCGAUCCCCACAGCGGCAAACGGGAGCGGCGUUGGGAGUGGCGCUGGAGCCCAGAACCCCUCAGUCGAUGGACGGGGGCGAAGCAUGAAACGGACGUUUAGGAACACGAUGAACGCUGUGGAGCAGACUGCUUCGUCGCUCUUUGGUGGUGUGAGGAGACCAGAGGAUAGUGGCGAGGGAGUGGCGGCAGUGGCGGCGACUCCGCUGAACCCUGCUCUGCGCGCAGCUCCCAUCUACAGUCCGUUCGCGAGCGAGGGUAGAGGUAGCGGGGAUGUCUGGAUGGGUGUAGGAGAUGCUGGUGAUGAUGAUAUCAUAGGCCACCCUGGCGCGAAUGAGAGCGGUGGCAGAGACUGAGCGUGUUCGUACGCUGUUUAUACGCAUUGGGCCAGGUCAGUGAAGAGGGACUGACGUCUCGCCUACGACAUUCUCACGAUUCACCUUUUCUCUCUGCAUCUUCUGCCUUCCCUCAUUGUCUCCGCAUCCACACCACGAGCAUCCUCCACAAUUUUACGACCGUCAUCAACUUCCCUCGUUCUCUGCACGUAACUAUAAUCAAACAUAACCCCCAGAGCAUCACUGUCCCCUCUUGUCGCAAACUACGUACCAAACUGUUUUUCUUCUCUUUGUCGUAACGUCUUCCGUUGUAUCGUCCCUCGAGUUCUCGUUGUAUGUACUCUAUAGACCAGUCUCCUGUUUGUGAUGGACCUUUGCACGGCUACAUGUUUGGUUUAGCGAGGUGUACAUGACCCG